AUGCAGACGAUGCACGGCCAGCACCACCACCCGAGCAGCAACAAGGCGCCGGCGGCUGCGACGUCACUGCCGGCCAUCGUCAAGGAUGGCGGCGUGUCGUCCGUGGUGGUCAAGGUCGGCGACCGCCGCCAAGGGGACCCAGCAGCGGCAAAAGGCCGACGCGAGGCCGCAGCGGUCGUGGCCGCUGAAGAAUCUGCCGCCGUUGACGUGUGCCUCGCCGCGGCCGCCAUGGCCGGCGCGGCGCUGCUGGCGUGGUGGGCCGUCGCGUUCCACCCGUCCUACGCGCAGCUCUGGAUGGUGCCGCUCGGCCUCGUCCUCGCCGGCACCCCGCCCGUCGUCUGCCUCGCGCUCCGCUUCAGCUCCGACUCGUCGCGCGUGCUGCCGCCGGGCAAAGGCUCAUCCGGAUGCGCGGGUGCGCCGCCGGCGUUGGUCGCCGUGGUCGUCCACAAGUAG